AAAAAUAAGUUUGACACACCUGAUGUAGGUCAUGUAAAAGCACCAUAGGUGAUCCAAAUACCUACACCCCAAACUGAAUCAAAAACCUUUAACAGCCAAACUGCUCUAUAAAAUUUAUCAUGGGUUUUCAGAAAAACUCAAAGUAAUGUUUAAAAGAUUUGCUGUACACAACUAAGCAUACAUACACUUUCAUAUUAAUCACACAUAGAGCCCACUAAAAUCCCCACACCAUGGUAAAUACCGCAUUCUAAUAAAGCCCCCUUUAUAAAAUGUUUAUAAAUAAUGAUUAACCAGUGGCUUUAUUAUUGUUUAAUAACAUAUAUACUGAUGCAACAAUAACCAAUUGAUAAAUAAACUUCUGGGUUGCCAAGUCUUAUAAAAUUCCUCCUCCAGCAUUACUCUUACUUUGCCACCUACCCUCUGAACAAAAGUUGUAGAGCAUGUGGAACAAUUAUUAACUUUAUUAAUGACUUACUAACGUUAAUUACUAUGGAUGUGAUGACUUAUUAGAUUGUGACAUCCCCACCACCCUCCCUCAGCAGUACUUGUUAAUGCAUUGCAACCAUUCAUGACUGCAUUAUUACCAGGUUGAAAGGAUAAACAUCAUCAACCCUGCCAAACCAGAGUUGAGGAAAUAUUCAGAUCCUUGUGUAAGUAAAAGUAGCAAUACCACACUGUAAAAAUACUCCGUUACUAGCAUGGGCAGAUUUUGAGACAGCGGGCCCCUGGGUACAGAUAUGUGAAAGGCCCCACCACCUCAAGACACAGGAGUAAGACACGCUUUGUGAUGGUUUCACCUCUCUUUUGUUGCUGUUUUGCAUCUUUCUUUAGUUGUUAUGCAUCUUUUUGUGGUUUUGUCUCUUUGCUGUAAUUUUGUGACUUUUUUGUAGUUCUUUUGUGUCUGUUUGCAGUUCCUUUACAUCUGUGGUUUUCUUUGUCUCUUUGCAGCUAUGUUGAGUUUCGUCCUGGUUGGUAAUUUCUGUGUCAUUUUGCAGGUGAAGGCCACGGGGCCCCUGACACUUUGGCCCUGGGCGGUGGGCCCUUUCAGGAACCCAUUAAUGAUUACAAGUAAAAGUCCAUUUCAAAAUGUUACUUAAGUGGAUCAUUACCAAAAUAAGUGUAAAGUACUUGUAGUAAAGAUUCUUAUUUCCUUUAUUUCUAAAAUCUCUUUUACAUACUUACCUCACUUUCUUUACCUCCUUUCUUUUCCUUGCUCAGCACUGAUUGGUUCCUUUCACUCUUUGGUCACUCAUUAACCUGAUUGAGUUCACCUGGUCACCCUAUUUUAACCCUGAACACCUUUUCAGUCACUCUUCAUCAUCACAUGAGGCAGCAGUGGUGGUAAGCAGUUUCUUUCUCUUUAGUUUAUCCUGUACAUUAUUAGUUUAACUUAGAGCACUGUUUAUCCUUAUUAAGUUGCACAUUUGUUUCAUUUGACUCAAGUUCUGAUUUUGUAUUUUUUUUCCCAUAUAUGUGUGCCCCUCCCCCUUUAUGUUUAACUGCAAUUUGAGUUUUGGAAAUAAACCUUUGUGUGCAAAAGAGAGUUCAAUGGCUGAUGCAUUCUGACUGAUGCCCAUGAUAGUAGGCCUCGCCUUCUGAACCUCCUCCUUCUUAACAGUACUCAUUCUGCAGCCUAAAUCCCUUCCUCGUUUAUCCAUAUAGUCCUGAGGAAAAUGCAGAUAUGUAUCCGAGAGGGCGUAUAAUGCAUCCAUGAUCCACAGGAAUCCUGAAUCCUUGCAGCUGAUUGGCUGCUGGGUCCUGCCUCUUGUUGGGAUGGACCUGUUGGAUAAAAGGACCAUUUUCUAAAGGACUCUUGUGUGUUAUACAGAGGAUCAUGCACUGGGGACCAUCCUGCGAGACGGUUUCAUAAGAAAAUAGGCCUUUCAAGAAGCAUCCGAAGAACAAGCAUGACGGGGAAACAAGGCGCCGUGCUGUCGGAAAGUUUAAAUCUAUCGGAGAAAACCUCUCUGGGCGCGAAUGGAGGGAGUAACAGCCACCAGCCGAAGAGCAGCGCGACCCAUCCGCCGCCCAGGUGCACCGGCUUUGGCAUCCAGGAGAUACUGGGGCUGAACAAGGAGCCGUCCGCGGCCCCGAGGAGCCCGCUGAGCUCGCUGCCGGCCGGGGCGCACCUGAUCGCCGCCAGGUCCUUGCUGAGCCCCGCCGGCAUGGGGGUGGGUGUCGGGAUGGGAUUAAUCGGCGCUGGUGGAAUUCCGACGUUUUACAGGCAGCCUGCGUUUUUGGAGACGGUGCUGUCGGACGCACAAGAUGUUCACCUGCAGCCUCACAGCAGGUCCGUAGGGCCGCUGGACACCAGCCAGUCCGCCAGCUCAGACUCAGAUGAUUUGUCUUCAAAUGAACGAAAACUCUCAAAGUCUUCAGUAAGUCAGAGCAAGAAACGCAAGAAAAGACGCCACCGGACCAUAUUCACCUCCUAUCAGCUGGAGGAGCUGGAAAAGGCCUUUAAUGAAGCGCACUACCCGGAUGUUUACGCACGAGAGAUGCUGGCCAUGAAGACAGAGCUACCUGAAGACAGGAUACAGGUAUGGUUCCAGAACCGCAGAGCCAAGUGGAGGAAGAGGGAGAAAUGCUGGGGCCGCAGCACCGUCAUGGCCGAGUACGGGCUGUAUGGAGCCAUGGUGAGGCACUCCAUCCCUCUGCCAGAGUCCAUCCUCAAGUCUGCCAAGGAUGGCAUCAUGGAGUCCUGCGCCCCCUGGCUGCUCGGGAUGCACAAAAAGUCCACGGAGGCAGCAGUCCCCCCGCCAACAGGACAGUGCGAUGCACCCCAGCAGCCGAGCUCUCAGAGGGCGGACGAGGCUGAGGCGGAGGACAAGAGGUCAGAGGGCAAGUCCACCAUUUCUAAAGAGGAACUGAGAGAGAACAGCAUUGCUGCACUCAGGGCCAAGGCACAGGAGCACAGUGCCAAAGUGCUGGGGACGGUUUCUCAUGACAGACUGCUGGAGGGCAAACAGGAGAGACAGGCGGCCGAGGAGAAAGCCGGCGAUCCCCUGAGUCCAUCAGAGGAGGAGAAAAGUCCAUAGAGACUCCGACGCUCCUGUGGACUUUUACUCUCAUGAGUGAGUGCAGUGGGCUGGCUGCACUUCCCCAACAUCACUCACUGUCCUGCAGGUUUUCAUCCCACAUUGACUUCUCUAAAAACUGGCCUGCAUCUGGACUUCUGUAAGAAGAGAACUCAUCUGGCCAUCAGUGCUGCACAGAAGAUGCAACAUGCACUUUCUCUGAUUUACUUCCAAACCUGCAGUUGUUGUUGCUUAUGCAUAGUAGAGAAGAGUCGACUGAGUGGGAUUUAAGUGUUAAUAUUGGUGUAUAUAGAUCCCACAGUUAUAUAUAGAGCCAGAUGAGUCAGAUUUUAUCCAGUAUAACAGUUGUACCAUAUUAAUUAGGACUACCAAUGACAAUUUCAUUCUUGGCAUUCAUGUUAAUGUUGCUUGUACAGUUACUAAAUGGUGACAUUUGAGGUAAGAACCAUCCCACCGACAGAAAGUAAUUGUUGUCCUACAUCGCACUGUAUAUACUUGAUAUAUUAAUCUCUCUCACUAAGGCACAAUUCGACAUAUGUUUUCUUGUAGUCUUAAAAGAUGUUUGUGUUUUCAUUUCAGAAUAUGUAUAAGUCAAAAAACAAAGCAUAAAAUAGAAACCACCUUUUAUUAAAA